AUGACAGUCUCCGCAGAGUUCCUCGCACGUGUGUACGCAGGAGAGGAGAUCUUCACCAACGUCCCCGGCACUUUUGCCAACGAAUCAUAUAAAUCUCGACUGCCUGGACUCGUCCGCGACUGCGUGGACAGCAACCGUGAACGAUUCUCCGAGGAGAAAUGCAACCGUUUGCUGCAGCUGGCUGACGACAUGGUGAACGACGCUGUGAUCCCGUUUCCCUCGCAGUAUCCUGAACAAGCUGCCAAGUCUCCUACGAGCGCUCAAUGGGAGUCCCUGCUCAAAGACAAAAACUACACGUGGCAGAACUCGCCGUGGUUCUUGAGCGAGCAAUACAUGUUCCACUUGGUCCUGCUGCUGGCCGAGUACUACACGACGGGUAUCGAUCCUUUCCAUCCGUCGAAGGUGGCAGAGCUGAAGGAGGUCACUCCGUGGGCGUUGCUGCAGACAGCUGUGGGUUUAUCAGCUCAGGAGGAGGCGACUUCUCAAAGCCACCACGACCAGUUGAAGCGGUUCAUGAAGUUGUGUUUGUGGGGCAACAAGGCUGAUGGCUGUUACAAGGAAGUGAAGGACACCAUCAGUGGUGCUGAUGCGUCGUUGGAAUUCGACGACGAGCUGCUGCUCGUGGACGACAGUGACAAGGUGAUCACGUACCUCGAGAACCAGGCUCGCGAGGCCGGAGACACGAAGAAACUAGAAAUUCAGUACAUCAAUGACAACAGCGGCACUGAGUUGUUACUCGAUCUCGCCCUAGCCGAUCACUUGCUGAAGCACGAGUGGUGCGGCAAGGUCACGUUUAAUGUAAAACUGGAGCCGAUUUAUGUCUCGGACGCGACGCCCGCCGACGUGCAUGAACAUAUUGCCGAGAUGCAGCGUCCAACUCGCACACCCGAGGUGCAAGCCCUUGGCAAACGACUAGACAGCUAUGUCAGCAAGGGAUUGCUGGUGAUCCGCCCGGACAUCUUCUGGAACCGCUACACCUACUACUGGGAGAUGCCCACGGAGUUGCGGACUCGUCUUGCUAAUGAGGCGACACUGGUGAUCAUCAAGGGCGAUCUGAACUACCGUCGUCUAUUGGGAGACCGUCUGUGGCCGCCGUCGACGCCUGUGGAGGAAGCUGUGCCAUACUUCCCGACAGCUUUCGUGUCGUUUCGAACGAUGAAGUCGAAUCCUGUUGUGGGUAUUCCUGCUGACAUCGUGGAGAAAUUGGAGAAGGAAGACCAGAAGUGGCGAUACAAUGGCAAGCGCGGCACGAUCCAGAGCGUCCUGGACCCGAAUCCUGUGAUCGAGUAGAUACAUACAGUGUGUAGGAGCUAAUAGCGAAGCCACAGAUAUCUGUUGAUUAUGAGUCAAGCAAGAUUUACAAGUAGACUACCGUUAAUACAAGCGGGGAGCUUGCGCAGGUCGCAGACUGUCAAACGGAUUCACGAGAACUACACCAUCAUAAUUUAGAGAUGUGAAUCUAGGACUCAUAAUCAACAGAUAUCUGUAGUUUCGCUA